AUGAAGCUCUCGCCUUUCUGUCUGAUCUUUUCUUUGCUUGCGUCCGUCAACGGGUAUUCCGUCGAGGUGUACAACGAGCUGAAGCACUACGCGUAUAUAUCCAAUGCUGCGUACUGCGUAUCCGCGCCUCUGCUUCCAAGCAUGCUACAGAAAGGCAGUGUUUUUAUGGAGAAGGACGGCUUGCGUGUGCUCAACGUCUUCCAGCCCAAGAUUCUAGACGAGCGUGUUUCUUGCAGUGGCUACAUUGGGCUCAAUGAUACCGCUAAGAAGAUCGUGAUUGCAUUCAGAGGCUCCGUGACUGUUCCUGACUGGCUUGUGGACUUCUCUUUCCUUCCUACCAACUACGUGCCAGUGAAGAGUGACAAGCGCUGCGAGGGCACCUGCCUGGUCCACCAUGGUGUUUACGAUCAAUUCAAGGUUGCUUUCCCAGACAUCUACGCUGUUUUCCAAAAGAUCGCUCAGCAGCACCCCGACUACGAAGUGACUGUCACGGGUCACUCACUGGGUGGCGGUUAUGCCUACUUGAUGGGCUUGGAGCUCCAGCUACUUGGCCACAAGCCACAUGUGAUCACCUACGCCGGCCUGCGUAUGGGUAACGCUGACCUCAACAAAUGGUACGACAAGGUGUUCGACAACGUCAAGAAGGUCGAGGACUUGAAAAACGGCGGAAACCCAAGAAACGCCUACAUCCGUGUGGUUCAGAGCCGUGACAUUGUUCCUAUGGUUCCAACUGGCCCUAUCUACACGCACGCGGGUAUCCUAUUUACCAUCACUGACGUGGACAGCGAAGUACCUCUACAAUCGGGCGUCAGACUUGAUGGCUGUAACACCAAGCUAAAGGAGUUGGUCGGCGACAUCCUCUUCAGCGGGAAGUUGCUAAGCUUGGUGCGUCUCCUAGACCACAACAAAUUUUUCAGAAGAAUGGCUUUGCCAUGCACUGAUAAUUCCUUGAAGCUAUAA